AUCGGCUCUUGCCCCGUCCAAGCCCUCGUCCUCUCUCCCCUCCUCUCCUUCUUCGUCUUCUUCCCCUUCCCGAUAUGCCUCGUCCCUUGGUGCUGAGAGUCUGAGGGAGCAGGAUGAACCAUCGCCAGCUGGAGCAUGAGCCCCUCAAGCACUUCCAGACGCCUCUUGCAAAUCGCUUGUUGCGGCAUCAGUUCAAUGAGGAAAGGCAGUUGCGAUAUGACAUUCAGCAGGUGAACGUGCCAGCGCCCGGGGUUGCUGAUCUGGCGGCAUACUCGUUACUUUGUGAUCGGCUGACGUAUGCGGGGGUGUACGUGGAUGUGACGCAGUUGCCUGGGCGGGAGACGACUCGAGUGUUCAUAGAGUUCCGCGCGCUGCAGGUGGCACCUAACUUCGUGCAUAGCGUCGCCACCUUUAUCGGAGACUUGACGAUCCUGCCGCAGCCGAAUCGGGAGCCGGCGCGAAGCUUUGUGCGCGAAUACGUGGUGCAGGCGGCGAGAUCAGUGGCCAGAGUGCAGGGACGGGAGGACACCGAUUCACGGCCCACGAAGCGCUACGAAGACGUGUGGGAGUUGCACCGCGCGCUAUACAAGUCGGUGGUGUUGGGGAUGUUUCGAUUCUUCGUGGAGCACGAAGACCACUGCAUCGGGGAGCACUUCGUCGUUUAUUACGUCAUUAUGCGGCACAAGCCAGCGCAGAAGGAGGGGACGGUGGCGUUGUACCCAUUUGCCCAGUUCCAGACGACCAAUCCGGGAUUGUUGGAGCUCAUACAUCUUGAGCUCCUAUCCAUUGCGCAAGUGAUCGCGAGCGAGGAAGAGGAGAUCCAGCCACGAUUGUGGAUGGCGUCUGCCCCGCGGAGAACGUACAACGCGGUCGUCAUCCCGGAUUACAUUGCGCAGCGCGAGGAGAGGUUGGAGGACUUCCCUGAGGAAAAGCCGUUGCGACUUCCCUCGUCGUAUCCCAGACCUGCGCCGCCAAAGGCCCCCAAGAAGACGCCGAAGAGGAAGAGACGCCACCCAUCACCAGGAGCGCAAGGCAGUCGAAUCGGUGGCGGCGAGGAGGUGGUUCAGCCCGUGCACGCGCGGAAUCCUGACCCUUGGUUAAGGAAACUGUCGUGCCAUCGCCGCCCCUCCCGCGCGUACGCGAUCUCAAUCUCGAUGGAGCCGGGCCAUCAGCCGCAGCAGCCGGAGGAGGAAGCCGAAUGGGAUUACCGGAUCCUGUAUCCAGACCCCCCGUCCUCGCGGGACCUUUCCGCUUCCGCCAGCCCCCCCGGAGUGCCCCGAUCAUUGACAUUAGCAGUUCCUCCGAGCUGGACGGUCCACCGGACAAAAGUGGAUUUCAUGGUGGAGCCCACCACCAUCAGGCUCGAGGCCAUUGUGGGGGCGCCACGCCCUGAUCCGGCGUGGGAGCCAUAUCUGACACCCUCUUUUCAAGGGUGUAUCGCGGCGCGGAUGGCGGGGACGCUCAUCUACGAGACCGGGCAGCGGCCCAAUGUGAUGUAUCACUUCCUUGUCUUCGCGGCGCAGAAGCAGGAGCGGCGGCCCUACACCAUCAGGCUCGAGGCCAUUGUGGGAGCGGCGCCGACGACUCCGGCGGCAAUGGCCGCUUUCCUUCGACCUAUUCCGCCCCCUCUUAAUCCCGACAUCGAUCACUUCCUUUGAUCACCCUCGCCUACUUCUCCCUUCUUCUCUCCUUCUCUUUCUUUUCAUCGUCUCCUUCUCCUAUGCCCAAAGUUUGCGCGUCGAGACGCGCUCACUUGGUUUGAAUCAACAAAGGUCAGCCUUCGCC